AUGCUGCUGCGUCACUUACUUUCGAGCGCGUUUCUCUUGGUGGCUGCAGGAGUAGAAGCUGCAGAGAACAAGACAUAUGAAUACAUAGUCGUUGGAUCUGGCCCAGGUGGAGGACCAAUUGCAGCAAACCUCGCUCGUGCCGGCCAUUCAGUUCUUCUCCUCGAAGCCGGCGACGACCAAACACAAAAUGUCAAUGUUUCAGUUUUGGCAAAUUUCAAUAUCGCAGCGAACGAUGAGAAAACAAGAUGGGAUUUCUUUGUCAAUCACACAGACAAUGAUCUAGGCUAUAACCACAUGGUCUACCGCAAGCCAGAUGGUGGGUUCUAUACCGGAUUGACACCGCCAGCAGGUGCUAAGCAAUUGGGCAUCUGGUAUCCACGUACUGGAACACUUGGUGGUUGCGCUAUGCACAACGGUGCAGUUGUCACUCUCCCAGCUGACGCGGAUUGGGAUUAUAUUGCUGGUAUAACUAAAGAUGACGGGUGGUUGUCGAAGAAUAUGCGACCGCAUUUCAAGCGAAUGGAACGAAACGCAGAUGUGGCCGUUACUGAUACGAGUCAUGGAUUCAACGGUUGGCUUGACAUAUCCUUAGGGGAUACUACGUGGGCCAAUAGCUCUGCUGACGCGGUGGCUCUCGCAACGAAAGCAGCCACCCUUACUGGUUUCUCUCCUUUGGCACUCGAAAAGCUCAUGAACCGAGAUAUUGACGCGGAUGUGCCUGAUCGUGAUCAAACACUCGGGGUAUUUGGUAGUUGGUCCCAUGCAACAAAAUCAGGACAGCGAUCAAGCCCUGGCUACUAUGUUAGAGAGACAAUUGCCGAAGGUAAAUAUCCAUUGACAUUGCAACCAUACUCGCUCGUCAGCAAAGUCUUAUUCGAUAAGAAACGGCACGGCAAGGACUCUAAGCCAAAGGCUAUUGGUGUAGAAUAUCAUCGUGGCGAGUAUCUAUACAGCGCGGACCCCCGUUACGACCCAAGUAAGAAAGGCACUGUGGAGAGAGCCUACGCAUCGAAAGAAGUUAUCAUUGCGGGUGGUGCGUUCAACAGUCCCCAAAUUCUUAUGCUUAGUGGUAUCGGGCCCAAAGAAGAGCUCAAGAAAUUCAAAAUUCCUGUUUUGGUCGACUCCCCCGGAGUGGGCCAGAACCUCGAUGAUAAUUACGAAGGUUCCGUCGCCUCUCUGGCGGCUCGCGAUUUCAAAGAUUUCACGAACAUCUACUUCGUUUUCUUGAAGACCUCACAAUCCAUGGGCAACCGCGAUAUUCAAAUGUGGUGUGGCCAAUUCUCGUUUGAGGGAUUCUGGCCUGGCUUUCCAGAUGACUUCGGACCAAAACAAUACGAGUGCACUUUUGUGCAUAUGAAUCCUCGGUCGCAGAAGGGAUACCUCAAACUUCGCUCUGCGGACCCACGUGAUACUCCCGAGAUCAAUUUCAAAUUCUUCGAGAAGAAUGCCGACAAGGACCUUCAAGCUAUGCUCGAAGCUAUCAAAUUCGGUCGCAAAAUCGUCGAAGACGCUCCAGAGGGCCUUGGACCGUUCAAGGAAAUCCACCCGUGCACAAGUGCCGAUUGUUCUGAUGAGGAGACUACAGCCUUUUUGAAGAAACAAGUCUAUUCGCACCAUGCCACGAGUACUUGCGCAAUUGGUGGAGACGACGACAAGAUGGCUGUCUUGGAUUCGAAGUUCAGAGUUCGAGGUGUGACUGGAUUGAGAGUUGUCGAUGCUUCAGCCUUUCCAAGAGUACCGGGUGCUUUCCCUGUUAUUCCAACCAUCGUCCUGUCCGAGAAGGCGACUUAUGACGUUCUAUCUGAACUCAAGUAG